UCCACACGGACUUCUCUCAGUAGAUUUUAAACUCAGACAGAAACAAUGGCAAAGCUCUGGACAGCUCUUCUUACCGAAUUAUUUCUACUUUUGGGCACAAGUGGAUAUUACUAUGAGAGGAGAAGCCAGUGUUUGUACAGCUCCAGGGAUUUAAAUGACAUGGUGUUAAUAGAUUCAUACAUUUUCAACAAGAUUGAGUAUUUACAGUUCAACAGCACAGUGGGCAAGUUUGUGGGAUACAAUGAGCAUGGCAUCUAUUAUGCGGAGAAGUAUAGCAACGAUACCGCCCUUAUUCAAGGACUGCUAGCUGGUGUGGACGGAGUCUGUAAACAAAGUGCUGAUUUUUGCUACUCACAUAUAAUGGAUAAGACAGUUGAACCAAGGGUCAAAGUGAUGUCCGUGAAGCAGGCCAGUGGCAAUCAUCCAGCCAUGCUGAUGUGCAGUGCGUACAACUUCUACCCCAAAGCCAUCAAAGUGUCCUGGAGCAGAGAUGGAGAACCGGUGACCUCUGAUAUCACGUCCACUGAGGAGCUGGCGGAUGGAGACUGGUACCACCAGAUCCACUCCCACCUGGAGUACACACCCAAAUCUGGGGAGAAGAUCUCCUGUGUGGUGGAGCACGCCAGCUUCCAGAAACCCAUGGUGUACGACUGGGACCCGUCUCUUCCUGAGUCUGAGAGGAACAAGGUUGUUAUUGGAGCUUCAGGGUUGGUGUUGGGGAUCGUCCUAUCAGCUGCUGGAUUCAUCUACUACAAAAGGAAAUCCUCAAGGCCUUAGUAAGGUGAAGGAGAGACUGUGUUAAUGCUGAGAUAAUGCUGUAUUAUCUCAUCAAACCUCAUGGGUUGAUCUUAUGGUUAUGGUGCUGUCAGCAAACAAACCAACCUGUAGAAUCCUUAGAGCCCUCUCC